UCCUCUCUUUUUCUCACUUCCACUUUCUUCUCUUUCGCUUUUGCUCUGUUCACUCAGAGCAUAAACCCUAAAAAGAGAGGAGCAAGAAACUAAAAAAACACGAACAUGAUGUUGUUGGGGAAGAGACAGAGACCAGAGAUAAAGAGAACCACGAGCCUGUCGGAGAUAAAAUUCGAUUUGAACCUACCUUGCGAACCAGAGGAGCCGUCCGAUCAUCAACAUGUUCAGACGUUGAGUCCAAGGAAAAGUAAGCUCGUGACCGUUGAUGAACAUCGCCAGGUUCAUCAUGGACUGUUAGAUCAACGGCUCUUAGCGAUGGUCUCGCCGAGAGGUACACAAAGGAGACACUCAGAAGAUUACUCCACUCACGCCGGGGAUUUUCUGAGGUGUUGCUCUCUCUGUAAACGUAAUCUUGUUCCCGGCCGAGACAUCUAUAUGUAUAGAGGAGAUAGGGCGUUUUGUAGCUUAGAGUGCAGGCAACAGCAGAUUACGGUGGACGAGAGGAAAGAGAAGGGCUUGGUUAGGUCCACCGUCGCCGCCGGAUCCGGCAAAGGAGAGAGAGUUUCCGCCGCCGUGUAGGUCACCUUUACAACUAUAUAUAUUUAUAUCCGUAUGUUGUAUAUGGUUAUUAUUAUUAUGUCUAAACGCACAUUGACCGUGAUUAACCUUUGUUAAUCAUCUUAAGCUUUGCUUUUAAACUUAAUUUAAGAGUUAAAACUA